UAGCGAAUGAGUGAUGUCGACGACAGUCUUCAAACUGAGAACCCAUUGCCGUUGACGCCGUCUGAUUCACCGUUGGGGAUGAAUGAGGCCACACAUAUUCGCCAUUGUAGACAAAGCUCCGAUGUCACCCCUUUAACGGGCCACCAACCCAAAGGUGUACUUACUGGCAGUGCCUACAGCACCCCAAGAUAGAGGACCGAUUGAUUAGUUUGGUUUAUCAAACAAAGGAAAGGCCAAGGAGACAGUUCCUUCGCCUCACCGUCAGCAAAGUAGCGCAAGUCAGCAGACGCCUGCGGGUACUCAAUCAAAACGGGCCGCCGCCCAUCCUAGCAUCAAUUCGAAACAGGCUAUUUCGAUACACUUUUACGCUUGUAAGAAGAUCUUGAGCUAUACAAAACUAAAGGCACUCAGACGAGCAAAGUCAAGCACGCAAGAAAUAUCCUUGCCAGAAAAAGAAGAAGACGAAGAAGAAAAAUAAUGUCCCAGCAUUCACCCUCGGGAGACGACCCCGUUCCAAAGAUGUGGUGGAUCAUGGUCGGCGGGAACAGCCUUGCGUCGUCCCCGACGUGGAACCGCCUCCUGUCUAUGGCGGACGAACGCAACAAGGUAAGGCGGGACGCAGAGAAGGAGAAGAUGGAUUUUCAAGAGGCUCAGAAGACUGCGAAAGAGGAGCUUGAAAGGGCGAAGAAGACGUACAAGGAGACGUUUGGCGGCGGGGUGGCGGCUUGGAGGGAACGAAACCGCGGAGCGGCAGCUAAUGGGGACGGAGCCGGGACCGGGACCGGGACUGGCCCAGAUCACGAGCACCGCACGGGAGAAACGACCACCCCUGAGGACGGGCCCCAGGCAGAUAGGUGAGCAUCCUGCGGCUUUCUCCGAGCUUGAGCUUGAUACCAUGGCUAGAUGAACACGGAGCGCCGCUGCCAUUGCAUGGGAUAUGAUAAGGAAUAGGGG